GACUGUGUUGGCGAUUGCUGGAGAAGACUUUUGUGUUGUUGCCUCUGACACACGACUGAGUGAAGAUUAUGCGAUUCACUGCCGGGACAGUCCAAAAUGCUACAAACUAACAGAACAAACGGUCAUUGGAUGCAGCGGUUUCCAUGGUGACUGCCUUACCCUUACUAAAAUUAUUGAAGCAAGAUUAAAGAUGUACAAGCAUUCCAAUAACAAGACCAUGACUACUGGGGCUAUUGCAGCAAUGCUGUCUACGAUUCUGUAUUCCCGACGUUUCUUUCCUUACUAUGUUUAUAACAUAAUUGGUGGACUUGAUGAAGAAG